AUGAUGCUGCCAUUGCUGGCCAUUUCGGCCUUUGUCUCCCUCGGUGCCGCGCAGACCUAUACCAGCUGCAAUCCUACCAACACAACUUGUGACCCCGACACCGGUCUGAAGAAAUGGAGCCUGUCCACCGAUUUCACCCAGGGCAGCUCCGAUGAAUGGACAGCUAUCGCAGGCAACGUCACCUAUGGUAGCAACGGGGCAGAAUUCACCAUCAACAAGCGGUACGAUGCGCCUACACUCGAGACCAACUUUUACCUCUUCUUCGGCGAGGUCGAGGUCGUCAUGAGAGCAGCGAAUGGCACUGGUAUCGUCAGCUCGAUCGUCAUGGAGUCAGACGAUCUGGACGAGAUUGACUGGGAAUGCACUGGAACCGACACCACCCAGGUCGAAACCAACUAUUUCGGCAAAGGCAACACGACCACCUACGACCGCGCCAUCUGGGAGACCGUCAGCACGCCCCAGGACGAAUUCCACACGUACAAAGUCGUCUGGACCGCCGCCUCCAUCACCUGGUACAUUGACGGGACAUCUGUACGCACACUCGACUAUGCCGAUGCCGUCGACGGGACCAACUACCCUCAAACACCCAUGGUCGUGAAGCUGGGUAUCUGGGCCGGAGGCGAUUCAUCCAACAGCGAGGGAACGAUCGAGUGGGCUGGUGGCGAGACGGAUUACGACGAUGUCCCUUUCACCAUGUACGUCAAGUCGGUCAACAUCAUCAACUACAACCCCGCCGCCUCGUACAACUACACCGACAUGACCGGCUCGUACACCAGUAUCGUGGCCUCGAACUCGACUACCGGCAGUGGCAUCCACAGCUCGAACUCGACCGUUGAUUGCUGCGGCGAGUACUUACCCGGCCUCUGUGCAGACCUCGAGCAGUGGUGUGAUUAG